AUGGCGUACGCAACCACCGCAUUGACGCUGUCUCUGGCAACCAUCACCCUUGGCUUGUUAUGGACGGCACCGCGCUUCAUGACUUGGCGGCAGCUGCGAAAGCUGCGUCGCGUCAAGCCCUCGAGGAAGAACAUGGACGACCAGUAUGACGCGAAGUACGCUGCAUCAGAGGCUUCGUCUCCGGACGGACCGGUCCGCAUCAAGGCCAUCUUUAUUCACCCCGUCAAGUCGUGCGGCCCCGUCGAAGUAGACCGGGCCGUGGUCACAAAGACCGGCUUGCAAUACGACAGAUGCUUUUCCUUUGCGGUCGACUCUGACGAGAAAAAGUCAGACGACGCGCGCACGCUGCAAUUUAUCAGCCAGCGCACGAAGCCGAAAAUGUCACUCAUUCACGCAGAGCUGUGGCUUCCGCACGACGAAAGCAGCAGCCAGGACCUGUUGGUUCACGCCGGCGGCGCAGUGCGCCUCACAUUCCCGGACCCGGAUCCCGCAAGCUUUAUGCAGCGUAUCCAAGCCUGCAUCGAGCAAAUGAGCUGGAAUGCGACGCCGCAGUAUUCCUUCAUUGUGCCAUUGACGCCUACGAUCCGGUACCUGCCCGAGUCGGAGCUGAAACCCACGCCGUUCACGAUACACUAUCGCGAGGCGCACGGCAUCGACAUGGGCCGCAUCACGGCAGUGGCCGCCGCGCUGCCCAAGCUGAAGAAGCUGCUCGGCUACCCUGAGCGCCGCACGCUCACCCUCUUCAAAUGCACCCCGGACACCCUGACGCGCACCGACAAGAACCUCGCGCCGCUCUCCAACAUUGGCUCGCGCGCGGUGCACGGGUACACCGACCAGCAGCCCAUCAACAUCAACAGCGUGAGGUCUGUGCAGGCCGUGUCGCGGAUGCUGCCCCGCGAGAACCAGCCGCUGAAUGCGCUACGCUUCCGCGCCAAUCUGUGGAUCGCCGGCGCGGCCGCCUACGACGAGGAAUCCUGGAAACGGUGCCGCAUCGUGCCCAAGGCGCCGCGAACGCACAAAAUGGAUAGCAAGCUGGCGACCACGCUCUCCGUCGUGUGCCGCACGUCGCGAUGCACCAUGCCGAACGUCGAUCCGGCCGCGGGCACGUUUUCGGCGCAGCGCCCGGCAGAGGGAAAGAAGAAGGGUCUCCCGCAGCCGACGACGACGCUGGUGGCAGAGCGCACGGUGGAGGAUGGCAACAAGGCGGCGCUGGGAUAUUUGGGGAUGCAUGCGGUGCCAGAGGACAGGGAUUUGGAGGCUGCGCGCAAGAGGCGCGAGAAACUCGUGGUGUGCGUCGGAGAUGAGAUUGAGGUCCUGGAGCGAGGCCAGCAUCUAUAUGGCUCUACUGGAGAUUUAUACUGA